AGUAAGCUGUUGAUCAACAUGGCUGCGCUCAGUAAAGCCGAGUAUCUCAAACGUUAUAUGUCGAAAGAUGAAGUCCCAAAAGAAGAUAAGAAAAAGAAAAGGAAGAAAAUAAAGCCAUCCAAAGACAACAAGUUGCGGAUAAUCGACGAUGAUGUUGACCUUGUAAAACUCAAACAAAAGAAGGAGGAGGAAGCCGAAGAGGAAGAAGAUCUGCCGACUGUGGCGGAGAUUAUUGAUGAACGACCCAAACACGUGCAGCAACUAGAGGCGUACAGGAAGAGCUCUCGCUGGAAGAAUUUUGGAUCAGAUAGUGAAGAUAAUGAUGAGGUUGGCGCCCUAAACUAUGGAAUCAUCCAAACUGGCAAUGGAGAUUCCAGGAUAAACAACAAAGCAAGUCUACCGUCGUCAGGCAGACGGCGACGUCACGACAGCAGCGGCUCUGACGCCUCUGUGCCGAGGAGGAAAAGUUCUCCCUCAACAUCAAAAUCAUCAGAGAAAGGUCACAGGAAGUCUGAUAAAUCACCGGUGCACAAACGUGAGAGUCACAGUGGCAGGCACGACUCUGAUUCCGAUACAUCAUUGCCCGCCAGACAAAAGUCUUCCGACAAAAACGUUGCCUCUGCAAAGUCUUUAGGGGGGGACAGACAAAGGAAACGGCACGAUAGCUCACCGGACUCGCCAUCAUUCUCAAGACGAUCCAAAACUUCACCUGUGGCUAAAUCUGCUUCUUUUUCUUCUUCUCGUCGUCGCUCGCCGUCCAAUAGGUCAAUGGGUCCUGGUGGAGAUGACAGGCAUUUACCAAAACGUAGACAGGCACGUCAUGACUCAGAUUCCGAUCAGUCACCUGUGAGGAAAAGCGGAGCCGUCUCAGAAUCUGACCAAUCACCAAUGAGGAAUAAGAAGGGAGGGUCUGAUUCCGACCAGUCACCUCCCAGAAAUAAAAGAAAUGAUUCCGACUCUGACCAGUCGCCACCUAGGAAGAAGAAAGGGGCCUCCGAUUCUGACCAAUCACCGCCUAGGAAGAGAAAGGGUGCCUCAGAUUCUGACCAAUCACCACCAAGGAAGAGAAAAGGUGCCUCUGAUUCUGACCAAUCACCACCGAGGCGCGGGAAAAAAAAUUCAGAUUCCGACUUGUCUCCUCCGAGAAGAAGGGGAGGUAAGGGCAGUUCUGGGGACAUGCGCCCGUCCAGGAAAAAGUCGAGAUUUGACCAGUCUCCAGAGGGAGGGGCUGGGGUCAGGAAAGCGACCAAGACCCUGGGAGGAGCAAAGGCGGGUCUUUCCUCAGCGCAGGAGAUGAGGCAGGAGGCUUUGAGACUGAGAGCUAAGGAGGACAAGGCUUUCAAUAGUAUAGACGAUGAAACUUUGGGAAAAAACGCUCAGACGGUAAUGAGGGACAAAGAGACAGGAAGGAGGAGGAACUUGAAAGAGGAGGAGGCAGCAAGUAAAGAAGAGGAGAGGAAGAAAGAGGAGCUGGCGAAGAAGUACCAGCAAUGGGGCAGGGGGCUUAAGCAGCAGGAAACAAGGGCGGCUACUCUAGCAGACCAGGUGCAGGAAGCGAUGAAGCCGCUGGCCCGUUACCAAGACGACGCGGACCUGGACACCAUGUUGCGUCAGGAGGAGCGCCAGGAAGACCCCAUGCUGGCCUUCAUCCGCACGAAGAAGAAGAAAGAGGAGGAGAAAUCUGGCAAGAAGAAAAAGAAAGAGCUACCCAAGUACAGCGGUAGCGCCCCGCCCCCUCCCAACAGGUACAACCUCCAGCCGGGCUAUCGCUGGGAUGGAGUCGACCGCUCCAACGGUUUCGAGAAGAAAAUCUUUGAACACGCCGCCAACAAGAAGGCGGUGCAGGAGAUAGCGUACAAGUGGAGCACUGAGGAUAUGUGAUGAUAGUGUCGGGGUGAUGACUGCAAGGGACAGGAUGAUGGUUGUCAUAGCUUGUUCACUUUUCUCUAUCUCCGUUAAAAAAUUGUAGCAUGUUUAUUACUUUUCCCAUGCAGAAGUAACUUUCCAUGACUCUUCUGUGUGCCAGCAACCUAACAAAAAUAUUUUUUGGUAAAAAAUCUUGGUUGAGUAAUUAAAACAGCUUCUUUAUUUUGGCCCUACAUUAAACACCACCCUUUGGAUGCAUUCACAAGAUCACUACCGGCACAGUAAAUGGUUUACAGUAACUAGCCUAGAAAUUGCGAUUUUUUAGGACAGCAACAGCACCCUGCCCCCACAUUUCAGUGCAAGAUUGUAGCUUUUCUCCCCAAGACCUGUAAGGGGUCACUGAAUGAGUCUCAAAAAUUACUCAUCUGCCUUUGGACCGUGUUUCGUGGUGGUGCAUUAAAUUGUGGUGUUGAUUAACAUAAAUCAAUUUUUUAAAACGUUUUAGGUGUAUGCUGUAAAUGCUGUAAAUCCCCAAUUGUUUUUUUUUUACCUGCUUUAGGGUAAUAUCAAAGAAAAAAUGUUGGAACCUUAGUUUGCAAUGGCCUUCAUUAAUGGCAGGGUGGCCCACGGAAAACAUUUGUUUCGGCGGAAAUUGUUGGAUCAACGUCGGCAAUAAAGGUGUGAAUGUAUUGAAAUGAUAACAGUUCAUUUGUGCCCGUGGAAAACUGAGAAGUCGGCGGGUUGGCAGUCAUCCUGUGAAAUAUGGAACUGUUCUUGGCUCAUAGGUCCAUGUGUUCUGCCUUCAUUGAUGUUAAUGUGUUGUUUUCUGAUUUGAGAACUGAAUUUUUCAAACUUAAGUAAAAUCUAGAUCAAGAUACAAAGCAUUCUAAAUAUGAUUAAUUUGAAAAAUCGUGCCAUGGGCUACUUAGCUCUUUAAAAUACUUUAUGUAUUAUCUAAAGAGUUAGAUCUUGAUCAAUCUUAAAAUCGUAUAUGUCUUGAUCUUCUUGACUUUGUGAAAAGAAGAAACUUUAUGAACUCAGUCGCAAUGCAGUGUGAGUCGUGAGUGACUUAGUUGGUGAAAGUGACAGCAUCUAGAUUCUAGAUCUGUAACUCUAUGAACAUGGAAAAACCCAGUAAGAUAGUCUUUGAAAUGUAGAAGAUGGACAGCCUUUGGCUUACUGAAAACCAGGCCAGAGUCCUCUCAGUCAUGAGAUGUUUUCAGACUCGAAGAUGGCUGAGAGUUUUCAGUGUAGUUGCUCAAAACUUGGCUACCUUGGAACAUUUGGGAUCGCAGUAGUGAUCAAGUCGGCUAUCCUAAGAUGUGUAUGAAAUAGCCCCUUCUACGUGAUUCUCUUUGAUGAAAGCCUUAACAUUGACAAUGGCAAGAAACAACUUGACCUAAAGUGGUUGACUAUUUUUUGGUGUGGAAGGGUUUUUAGGAGAAAGAUUUCCCUGGCCACCAUCUCUGUUGGUCAUCCAAAGCUUAGAUCCACGUGCAGGGACUUGAGAAGAUUGAACAGCGUGAUUUGUUUUUAUCUUGUUUUAACUGUGGACAGAGGAAAGGGGACAAGGUAUAGUGUGGGAGAUGUUAUAACAAUGUUGGGUGUUGACUGCAAGGGAUGGGGUGAUGACUGUUAGUGUGGGAUUUGUUGUUGUUGAUUUAUUGUUGCUACUACUUACCAAGAGAAUCAGGGGGAGGGGAAAGGGGGAGGGAAGGGGCAGAUGGGCAGUGGUAGUACUCCCACCACCCUUACCUUUUUUUGUAAGUCUAUGGUUUGGUUAAUGGAAUGUAUGUUUGUAUGUGUGUGCACAUGUGUGCAGGUAUGUUUUACAAGUCUGGUUUGCCUAAUGGAAUGUGUGUAUGUAGGCCUAUGUAUGUAUUCACACAUGUUUAUGUAUUUGUUUAUGUUUUUAUUUGUUUUUCACCUUUGGUAGAAGGAAGAAGCUGGUUUUGUGUGUGUAUUGUGUGUGUGUGUGUGUGUGUGUGUGUGUGUGUGUGUGUGUGUGUGUGUGUGUGUGUGAAUGAAUGUUUUGUUACUGUUGUUGUUGUUGCAUGGUGGGGGGAUAAAUGCAGUACAAUAGAGAAGGAUGAUCCGAGUUUGUAUGUGUGUGUGUGCCUCUUUGUUUUGAGUUUGAAUAAAUUUUUAUUUCAUGUAAACAACUAUGCUGCUUUUUGUAAUCCUCACUUUGUGUCCAAUUCGUGGGUUUUUUUAAUGAUGUUGCUCUCACUCUCAGUAAUUAUCUGUCCUACCCUACUUUGGCAGACUGGGUUUUUUUUCUGUGUGGAAGAGGGUGACUUUGAAUGUUUGCCAUAAGAAACUGUAAUAAAAAGCAACGCUGUCAUCUAUCCACCUAUGGAAGAUUUGGCCAUUGUAAAUUGA